AUGUCUGGUCAAGCUCCUGGGUCAUCUGCACCCUCCUCCAACAUCAACUCUCCCAUCAUAACCCCCGGUAAUGGUCCUCUUCUCAAUGGCGCAUUAUCAGAUUUGAAUCCACGGUCCUCCCCUGCGCCAGGUAGCAACGCAUCUGUUCAGGGAGACAGUGCGCGCACAAAGCGAAACAAACGGGACAGCCGCAAGAAACGUGAAGCCAAGGGUCUUGAUGUUGAAGGUGCUCCUCCACCCAAAAAACGCACCACGGCAGCCAACAUGGCUCGCCCCAGCACAAGUCUACAACUUUCCCGUCCAUUGCUUCUUGCUGAACAACGUUCCUCGGACUACUAUCCACCACCACCACGCCAAUUCAACCAAUUGAACACAAAGAAAUCGGAAGUCCUAGGUGAGAGCUGGGAUUUCUAUGAAUUGGUUGAUAAAUUCACCAAUAAAAAUGGGUACCGCUAUACCCAUGCCAUUCUGGACUCGGGUUUUCCUCAUAUCAAAUACCGCCAGACCGACCUUCAACCCUAUCACGCCCGCUUCAGUUUCGAGGACUCGCCUCCUGCGAUCUGCUUCACACAAGAUGGCAGGGCUGUGACUACUAGUGAUGCUUGGCACUCGGCACGUGCGAAUGUGUGUGCCCGGGAAGGCUCCUUCUACUAUGAGGCUCGGAUCAUUAGCGGGGUAGUGAAUGGUUCUCCUUCUUCUGGUUCUCGUGGUCAUGUUCGACUGGGAUUUGCGCGGCGUGAAGCUGAGCUCGAUGCCAAUGUUGGAGUGGAUUGCUAUGGCUACGGCAUUCGUGAUGUGAAUGGUGAAGUCGUCAAUCGCAUGCGCUGUGAGCCCUUCUUUCAAAAAGGCGAAGCUAUCAACGAAGGCGAUGUCAUCGGUAUGCUCAUCACACUUCCUCCACUCUACCUACACAAAAAGAUUGUCGAAGGUACCUAUGAUCCUGCCGUGGAUGGCGAUGGCUCGGGUCAACCUCCCAUUGUUCAGAAUUUCAUUCGAGAUCGUGUUCCCUUCCACACAAAAACUGGCGACUUCCGUUGGCAGCAGGCCAACAUCUUCUCCACAAAAUACCUUCGUGACUACGCCUUCAACUUCAAGGAUGCGCCGGCCUUUGGACCCCCUUCCCCCUACAACAUCGACGACCCAUCUCUACGUACAUUACCCGGAUCCAGUAUUACAAUUUACAAAAACGGUGUGAAGAUGGGCUCCCCUUUCAAAGAGCUGUAUGCAUUUCUUCCCCCAGCAAGUCGCCUUGUUAAUACAAACAAUCUUGGAAUUGGCGAGCGUGAAAAUGCCGACGAUGGGACGAUUGGCUACUACCCGACCGUCAGCUGCUAUGGCGGCGGUGCCGUAGAAUGUCGGUUCGAGGGCCCGUGGUGGGUUGGCCCGCCCGAGCAAACCGAGACUGGAGAGCCCAUUCGGCCCAUCGGCGACCGCUACAAUGAUCAGAUCGUCGAGGAUGUGGUUGCCGAUAUCGUUGACGAGGUUGACGCCAUGUUCACCUGGGGUGGUGUCGACGGCGAAGUUAUUGACGAUAACAAUAAUGAAGAGCUAGAUGCCGCUUCCGGUGCUAUAAGAGGCGGCACUGGGGUAUUGCAAGUUGGUGGUGCGCAUGAUCUCGAAGUUUCUGCGGCGACCCCUGGAUCGACUAAUGGUGCCGCAUCUCCGGCUAUGAAUGGUCAUCAUGCCAGUCUGGUCAAUGGGGAUGAUAUUGGGAACUCGACUGCGGAUGAAACUAUGAGCGUUGGGACGGCCGGGACACCUAGGAUUGCCGUGGAGAUCCCCGUACGUUCAGCUGGGUCAGCUGAUGAGGACAUAGAGAUGAUCUAA